UCCAUGUUUCAAGGCUUUCAAGCAGCCGUUGUUCGGUCACUCAUGUCCAGUAUGGUCGGCCAGGAUGAACAGGGGCGCUUGUUUGGACUCAUAGCUGCCAUGGAUAGCAUUGCUGUCUUGGUAGCAUCCCUGAUCUUCAACCAACUCUACCCAGUAACUCUUGAUUUCUUCCCUGGCUUCAGCUUCAUGGUGGCUGCUGGUCUGUCUGUCGUUGCUGCAGGGAUUAUGAUGUGGCUUCAUGUUGAUCUGAGAGGACUGAUACUGGGUGACUCUUCCAUUACAAAAGGCGUGACAGGAGACUCAGGUGACAUUAGCAAAGAGGACAUUCAAGUGGAGACUGCUACGACUCACAUGUAAACAUAAUCCACGACAUGCAAGCAGAUCUUAGAGUUUUUGUCUACAUACUCCAAAUAAUUCAAACCAGCCAUAAUAUGUUCGAGAAUAAGCAAUACUCCAGAUCGGGUACCAGUAUCAUCGCAAAGAAUAAAAGAGACAAAACACA